AUGAACUACAAACUCCUGACUCUGGCAUUGGCCUCCCUGGCCGCCGCAAACCCCAUCGAGCGCCAACGCAAAAUACACCCCGCAGUCCUCAGCGGCGGCGACGAACUCCGCAACGGCGACUGCCAACCCGUCACCUUCAUCUUUGCGCGCGCGUCCACCGAACAAGGCCUGCUGGGCGGAUCGACCGGCCCGGCCCUCUGCAACCGCCUCAAGUCCGCCCUCGACGGCGUCGCCUGCCAGGGCGUCGGCCCAAAGUACCAGGCCACGCUGGCGGCCAACGCCCUGCCCAAGGGCACGUCCGACGAGGCCAUCGAGGAGGCGCAGAGUCUGUUCCAGCUGGCCGCGGAGAAGUGUCCCGACACGCAGAUUGUCGCGGGGGGGUAUAGCCAAGGCACGGCAGUCAUGCACGGCGCCAUCCCCGGCCUCGACGACGCUCUCAAGGACAAGAUCAAGGGCGUCGUGCUCUUCGGCGAUACCCGCAACCAGCAGGAUAACGGACAGAUCCCCGAUUUCCCCAAGGACAAGAUCAAGAUCUACUGCGCUGCUGGGGAUAUGGUCUGCUACGGCACGCUGAUUGUUGCGGCGCCGCAUUUUUCGUACAUCGCGGAUGUGCCUGAUGCGGCGGACUUUUUGGUGUCGAAGCUGGAGUAG